GGGUUUGCUUGGGGUGGUCUUAGCUGGUUGGGGUGUGGCUGGUGAUGCUGUGGUCUCUCUAUCUCUCUCAAUUUCAAUUUUAAUUACAAUUUAUUGGCAUGGAAAACACAUUGCCAAAGCAAGUGAAAUAGAUAAUAAACAAAACAUAUUAACAGUAAACAUUACAAUCACAAAAGUUCCAAAAUAAUAAAGACAUUUCAAAUGUCAUAUUAUGUCUGUAUACGAUGUUGUAAUGAUGUGCAAAUAGUUAAAGUACAAAAGGGAAAAUAAAUAAACAUAAAUAUAGGUUGUAUUUACAAUGGUGUUUUAUCUUCACUAGUUGCCCUUUUCUUGUGGCAACAGGUCACAAAUAUUGCUGCUCUGGUCAACAAAGACAUUUCAAAUGUCAUAUUAUGUCUAUAUACAGUGUUUCUCCCUCUUUUUUCUUUAUCCCCCCUCUCUCUCUCUCCCUCCCUCCCUUUCCCACUCUCUCUCUCACCCCCCCUUCCCAUCCACCUGUUUACAUUACCAAAGCAAGUGGAACAGACAAUAAACAAAUGGGAAAUAAACAAGGGAAAUAAACAAGCAGAAAUGAACAGUAAACAUUACACUCACAAAAGUUUUAUAAGAAUAUAGGCAUUUCAAAUGUUAUGUUAUUGGCUAUUUACACUAUUGUAACAAUGUGCAAGUAUAUGUGAAAGGACAAAUAAAUAAACUGAUAAAUAUAGGUUGCAUUUACAAUGUUGUUUGUGCUACACUAGUUGCUCUACUACUCUCUUCCUCCCCCUCACUCUCUCUCUCUCCCCAUCCCCCUCCCUCCCUCUCCCUCUUCCUCUUCUUCUCUUUCGCUCUCUCUCUCUCUCUUUCUUUCAUGGACACAGAGGUUAAAAAACAAUCAAUAAAUCAAAUUUACAUAUCUUUAAAGCCCUUUUUCCAUCACCAGUUGUCACAAAGUUCUUAUACAGAAACCGAGCCUAAAACCCCGAAGUGCAAGAAAUGCAGAUGUAGAAGUACUGUGGUUAGGAAAAAAUAUCUAGAAAGGCAGGAUACCUAGGAAGAAACGUAGAGAGGAACCAGGCUCUGUGGGGUGGCCAUUCCUCUUCUAGCUGUGCCAGGGGGAGAUUCUAAGAGUACAGGGCCAUUAAGGCCAGAUCGUUCUUCAAGCUUCCAAAGGGUCUGAGGUCAGUUCAAUUUGCUCCUGGGUCUGUGUUUUAUUGCCAGGGGAUUGAGGCGAAGCUCUCCUUAAAAGCAUCGCUGCUCUGUCAACGAGAAAUACCCCAGAUUACAAAUAUCACCAUUUGUCAGCUACACUUUUCAUGACUUAUUUUGUCAGUGCAUCGAUCUGGCUUUAAAAUAUGUCUGGAACACAUCUAAACGUCAUAAUAGCACUCACAGUUAUCUUUUCAACUGCCAGUGAUUUAAAGAUCAAUGUUACUGUCAACAGAAAUAAAACUAAGGUGAGCAAAACAGUUGCUGUAGGACUCCAUGAUGGGGGAAACCAUAGAAUCUCUCCAAGGUAUCUAACAUCAUGUUCAGUUGAUAAUGAUGCUAUAGAUUACUUUACUCUGAGGAUUGACUCCUUUGACAUCCCACUGAGCAUAGUCCAAUAUGUCUUUAAAACAAUGUCAAGGUCAAACCCCGACAAAUGAGGCAAUAUAUUUUUUGGUCUCUCCACAACUUAACAAGGUUUACUAUAUCCCAUCUGUGACAUGGAUUUUGAACCAUAGCAGGGUAAGUGGAAGUUGAAAAUCAAUCGAUUGGAUUCAGGAAGUUUCAGUGUCACGUUCCUGACCUAUUUCUGUUAGUUUGUUGUAUGUGUUAGUUGGUCAGGACGUGAGUUUGGGUGGGCAUUCUAUGUUGUCUGUUUCUAUGUUGGUUUAAGGGUUGCCUGGUAUGGCUCUCAAUUAGAGGCAGGUGUUUGGCGUUCCUCUAAUUGAGAGUCAUAUUUAGGUAGGUUGUUUACAGUGUUCGUGGUGGGUGGUUGUCUCCUGUGUCAGUGUUUGUCGCACCAUACGGGACUGUUCGGUUUGUUUGUACAUCGUCAUUUUUGUGUAGUCUAUUUUCCCUGUUCGUGCGUUCUCCGUGUUUAAUGUAAGUUCGUCGUCGAGGUCUGUCUACUCCGUUUGUUGUUUUGUUAGUUUAUAGUGAAGUUCGUGUUUUUGUCUUUUCUUUAAAUAAAUUAUGUCAACUCAAGACGCUGCAUUUUGGUUUAAUCCCUGCUCCUCCUCUUCGGAUGAAGAGGUUGAGAUUGCUCAAGGCCAUAGGAUGGGAAAAUAAUUAUUCUUAUUUAGUGUGACAUAAUAAAAAACUAUUCAAGGUGUAUUUUAGCAUUUAAUAUGUAUUCUCUAUCCUCAUCAUAUGAUUACUGAAUGUAUAUAUUAUAUUGUAUUUAUAUGUUCUAUUGAUUGUUUAUUUUUGUUAUUGUCUGAGCUGUAACGCCAAUGCCUGUGUUUCUAUUUUCUGCACUCACCCAGACCUAUCUUCAUCCUUCUAGCUUGGCACUCAACCACAGUACAUGAAGGCCAAGGUCCAUCCCUAUCCAUUACUUCAAUUUCAGCCAGAAUAAGGGUUCAAUUAUUUUCGAAUCAGCAGAAUUUGCUCUAUUAUGACCUCAACCUUUCUUCUCCAUCUUUGUGAGAGACAAAUCUGUGGAAUGGCUCUCUCCUCUCCUCCUUCCCCUGGGCCUCCUUCCCCUGGGCCUCCUCCCCCUAGGCAAUCAAGCAGGCAGUAGUAACCUGUAGUCAGAAGAGGAGAGAAGAAGAGAAGAGAGGACAAGGGAGCUGAGUAAUGGGUGAAAAGUCACUUUUGGGCUUUGCUGUGAAGAAAUAUCACCAUGACACCUUCAGAGAGCCUCUCACCAGUGGCUUGUUCAGACUUGCAACACCAGGCAUGUGAUUCCCUUGGUUCCCCCUGCAUUAACAUGAAAGACUCCUGUGUCCUCUAUUCCACUACUGUAUGAACAUCUAGUCGGCUGUUUUGUUGCUGUUGUAAUGUUCAUCAUCAGUUGUAUUUAGUUGGGUAACAAUUUAGUCAUCAGACUUCACACGACUGUAAUAGACAAUUGAGUUUGUGCUCCAACAGUGAUGGUUUAAAAACACUGAAAACCUUUGGGGGGAGGAUGACCAUCCCUGACUCUACCUAAUUGCUUUGUGAAAUGUUGUCAUGUGAGGAGAUCAUGCUGCUGUUGCUGUUGCCUAGCAGCAGAGGAAGUCUUCUGACAAGUCUCUGAGGAUGCCUGCUCCAGGGUGUGAAAAUUCAAGCUGAAGCCAUUCUACACACAGACCUACAUACAACCUUCAUGUCAAUUCACUGGAGAGGCAGGAGAAGUUUGUCAAUGUGUCAUGGUACAUUAUCUCCAUACCUGGUAAUGUGUUUAAUUAUUCUAUAUUUGUUUCUUUGUUUGUUUCUAUGUUUUCUUUCUUUCUUUUUUGCGUUUCACUAUUCCUCCUUGUUUGGCAACCUCUGUUGUUUCCAGAAGCAGUGCCUCUCUUUGUUUCAUUGGCAGUGGGUCCGUGGCCUUUUAUGCACUGGGAGAACCGUGAUGGGAGGCCCCUUUGAGAAGCACAGGGAAAUGGCAGAGGUAGAGUCCUAGUAAUCAAGCCCAUUCAGGCUAACAAAGGGAAACAGGGGUAGCCUUUGAAUUUAUUUAUUUUUUGUUCUCCAAAGUCAAACAAGACAGUGAGCAGCAUGCCACAGCAACUUUCCUCACAAGCUGAGAGCAGCAUCACUGGCAAUUUGAAGCCAAGUCAAUCAACAGAGAAGCAGUGGACAUGGUCUAUCAUGGUUUUGAUCCAUUGGCUGUCCAACCACUUGCUUUUGCCUAUAGAGCUCCAUUUUUAUGGAAUGGUCUGCCUACCCAUGUGAGAGACGCAGACUCGGUCUCAACCUUUAACCUUUCACGAGUAUCUACCCCGGAUCCGGGAGCACCCCCCCCCCACACUGAUUAGCAUCGCUAGCAUAGCGUCACAAUUAAAUAGUAGCAUCUAAAUAUCAUUAAAUCACAAGUCCAAGACACCUAAUGAAAGAUACAGAUCUUGUGAAUAAAGUCACCUUUUCAGAUUUUUAAAAUGUUUUACAGGGAAGACAAAAUAUGUAAAUCUAUUAGCUAACCAUGUUAGCAAAAGACACCCUUUUUCUUUGUCCACCAUUUUUUCUCAACACCAGUAGCUAUCACCAAUUCGGUUAAACUAAGAUAUUGAUAGCCACUAACCACGAAAAAAUCUCAUCAGAUGACAGUCUGAUAACAUAUUUAUGGUAUAGGAUAGGUUUUGUUAGAAAAAUGUGCAUAUUUCAGGUAUAAAUCAUAGUUUGCCAUUGCAGCCAGCAUCACAAAUCUCACCAAAGCUCCUAGAAUUACUACAGACAGCAACCAAUUUACUCAUCAUAAAACAUUUCUUAAAAAUACACAGCACAUAGCAAUGGACAGACAGAUCUUGUGAAUUCAGACAACAUUUCAGAUUUUCCAAGUGUUUUACGGCGAAAACACAAUAAAUCGUUAUAUUAGCAUACCACAUACGCAAACGUUACCCGAGCACUGAUUCUAGCCAAAGAGAGCGAUAUCAUAUCAUCGCCAAAAUAUAUUAAUUUUUUCACUAACCUUCUCAGAAUUCUUCAGAUGACACUCCUGUAACAUCAUAUUACAACAUACAUAUACAGUUUGUUCGAAAAUGUGCAUAUUUAGCCAUAAAAAAACGUGGUUAUACAAUGAAAAUAGUAGCAAAACAAGCCUGGAAAUGUCGGUCGCCAUCUUUGAGUGAUCUAGUUUAAUCAAUAGCUAAUCAUAUACUUGACUAAAAAAUACAGGGUUGACAGGAAUCGAAAGACAAAUUAGUUCUUAAUGCAAUCGCUGAUUUACAUUUUUUAAAUUAUCCUUACUUUUCAAUACAGGUUGCGCCAAGCGAAGCUAUACAAAACAAGAUGGCGGCGUAAGCUUUAACAUUUUUCGACAGAAACACGAUUUAUCAUCAUAAAUUGUUCUUACUGUGAGCUGUUCUUCCAUCAGAAUCUUGGGCAAAGAAUCCUUUCUUGGGUCUAAUCUUCUUUUGGUCGAAAGAUGUCCACUUGUCCGUCGAAAUGCCCACUAACGUACGACCGGGAGCUCGAAAUGUGCCCAGCGCGUCAAAGUGCACAACAAAGCAAUGCCUCAAAAUCGCACUAAAAGGAUAUAAAUUGCUAUACAACGGUUCAAAUUAACUACCUUAUGAUGCUGUUAACACCUAUAACGGGUGAAAACAUGACCGGAGAAAUAUUACUGGCUACACUAAUGCUUGGAAAAAGAGCAGGGCGGUGUCCACCGCGCGUCCGGCGCAGCUGGAAAAGAGUUCCUACCUACAGGUUUUUUUCUUUUAUAGUGGCUGUGAUUGCGCAAUCGAUACCAUUCAAAGCGUCAUCACGUAAAGGCAUCCAGGGGAAGACGUAAGCAGUGUCCGUAUCCUCAUAGCGUUCACAGUGGCCUUUAAACUGACUCCAGAUCAGGGGCCAAAAUGUGUGAAAUCUGACUCCAUGUCAGGGAAAUUGCUGUAGAAUGAGUUCUGUUCCACUCAGAGACAAAAUUCCAACGGCUAUAGAAACUAGAGAGUGUUUUCUAUCCAAUAAUAGUAAUAAUAUGCAUAUUGUACGAUCAAGAAUUGAGUAGGAAGCCAUUUCAUCUGUAGAGACAAUUAUGCUAAUUUGAAACAGCACCCCCUAUAGUCGCAAGAAGUUAAGUCUUUACUGAAGACUCAUCUCUUCAGUGGGUCAUAUGAUUGAGUGUAGUCUGGCCCAGGAGUGUGAAGGUGAAUGGAAAGGCUCUGGAGCAACGAACCGCCCUUGCUGUCUUGCUUGGCCGGUUCCCCUCUCUCCACUGGGAAUCUCUGCCUCUAACCUUAUUACAGGGGCUGAGUCACUGGCUUACUGGUGCUCUUUCAUGCCGUCCCUAGGAGGGGUGCGUCACUUGAGUGGGUUGAGUCACUGACGUGAUCUUCCUGUCUGGGUUGGCGCCCCCCCCUUGGGUUGUGCCGUGGCGGAGAUCUUUGUGGGCUAUACUCAGCCUUGUCUCAGGAUGGUAAGUUGGUGGUUGAAGAUUUCCCUCUAGUGGUGUGGGGGCUGCUUUGGCAAAGUGGGUGGGGUUAUAUCCUUCCUGUUUGGCCCUGUCCGGGGGUAUCAUCGGAUGGGGCAACAGUGUCUCCUGACCCCUCCUGUCUCAGCCUCCAGUAUUUAUGCUGCAGUAGUUUAUGUGUCGGGGGGCUAGGGUCAGUUUGUUAUAUCUGGAGUACUUCUCCUGUCUUAUCCGGUGUCCUGUGUGAAUUUAAGUAUGCUCUCUAAUUCUCUCUUUCUCUCUUUCUUUCUCUCUCUCGGAGGACCUGAGCCCUAGGACCAUGCCUCAGGACUACCUGGCAUGAUGACUCCUUGCUGUCCCCAGUCCACCUGGCCAUGCUGCUGCUCCAGUUUCAACUGUUCUACUUGCGGCUAUGGAACCCUGACCUGUUCACCGGACGUGCUACCUGUCCCAGACCUGCUGUUUUCAACUCUCUAGAGACAGCAGGAGCGUAUUCUCCAGAGAACAUCCAGGGGCCAGGAUGUGACAUAGACCCCAGUGAGGUGACUCUUCCUGGAUGCUCCUGCCACGCCCACUCCUGCCUUACAGAGAGCUGCUCCUGCCUGCAGACAUACGGACAGACAUGCAGACAAACGUACGACAGCCACGGCCGACUCCAAGACCAGGGGGAUACAGAGACUGGUUACUGCAGGCCUGUGUUUGAGUGUAACGCCUUGUGUGGCUGUAGUGAGGCCUGCUGUAACCGGGUGGUCCAGAGAGGCCUGGGGCUCAAGUUGUGUGUCUACCCCACAGAGGACAGGGGCUGGGGGAUGCGGGCGCUGGAGCCUAUCCCCUGUGGAUCCUUUGUGUGUGAGUAUGCCGGGGAGGUGAUCGGCUUUGAGGAGGCCAGACGCAGACAGCUUGCUCAGGGGCUUGAGGACAACAACUACAUCAUUGCUGUGCGGGAGUAUGCUGGUCAGGGCCAGGUCAGUGAGACCUUUGUGGACCCAACUGUGGUUGGGAAUGUGGGGCGUUUUCUGAACCACUCCUGCCAACCCAACCUGUUCAUGGUGCCUGUCCGGGUGCACUCCCUGGUGCCCAGGCUGGCCCUGUUCGCUGGCAGGGACAUCACCCCUCAGGAGGAGCUCACAUUUGACUACUCAGGGGGCUAUAGCAAUAUGUCCUCUGUGGAGAGGUUGGUCCAGAGCGACCCUGGGACAGAGGCCAGUGAGACAGGUACCCUCCAGAGGAAACCAUGCCACUGUGGUGCCCAGAACUGUUCCCAAUUUCUGCCUCUGGAUGUAUCUGUUCUCAACAAUUAGAUUAGAGGGAUGCAUUUAUUUGGUUAAUGUUUAUAAAUUGAUAUUUUGAUAUUUGAAGUGAUUAUGGAAAGGAGAGACACUGCACUGAACCCUUUUUUUGUCAUUUCUGUUGAAUACAACUCUCUCAUUCUAACGUAUGUUUAUUUUAUUAAAUGUCAGUCCAUGUGUCUUUGCACCCAUGUGACAGUUCUGUGCGAACAGCAUCAUCCAUCAUUUUAGAUUGGUUUGUAUGACAUCCGUGGCAUCACUAACCCAGGCUUCUGGGGUAUUCAUCCUAUGCUUACCAGUGUGGCAUCCAUCUGGAUUAAAGGGGAAAUCUGGGAUUGGUGCAUCCAUCUAGAUUAAAGGGGAAAUCUAGGAUUGGUGCAUCCAUUUUGAAUUCAUACUGUCAUUGAUUAUAAAGGGCUCAUGAGCUUAGUUCAACUGUCUUAACCCAUCAGAACCCAAGCUAUAAGCCUGUUUUACUAGUUUUUUGGGAAACAAUGUAAUUCUAAACAAACACUGUAUAGUUUCAAAACAUGGUUAAAAUGUAAUUGAUGGUCAGUAGCUCUCAGCUGUUUACCAUAGCAAGUGCCAGGGUGCCAUUUAUGAUGACCCACUUUUCUGUCACGACUGCCCACUAUCUCACUGUCCCCACCCUCUUUCUGUUGGAUGGCAUCGCUGAUCUGAUAAAAAGAUACAGCAUUUCUAUCACAAAGUAUAAACUUCAUCUGUGUUGUGCAGACCAGCUAAAAGCUCUCUCUGUCAGAGAGUACUUGUGCUAUGUGGGGCACGUCCCACCAGACCUAGCUAUCAAAACACUUCAGUCCACAAGUGGCCUAUAUAUAAGCCCUCGCCCCAUAUCUCACUGACAGCAGAUUCAUCUAGCAGGUCUUUAUAUUAACUAUGCACUGACUGAUAUUGACUACAGCAAAAGAGGGGUCUGGUUUUGUAGGGUUUUGUAUACUUAUAAGAAUCAUAUGUGCUCAUCUGCUCAUAGAUUGGCACAACAAUGUUGUAUGCAAAGACAUUUCUCUCUCAAAAGACAUCCAUUUAACCUUAAAAGAUAUAGAGCAUACACGUUGGUGGUAUCUUGUCUCCAUCCCUCAACUUUACAAAUAUCUCUGUGGUCUUUCAACACAGUGUCCUCCUGAAGGUAUCUUCAGCUCUUCAUUGGAGCCAAGAAUCUCCAGAGGUGUGAGCAAUUAAGAAGGGCCGGGGGGUAUUUUAAUAUAGUAACAGGUCUUAUUCCCCUGCCACGGGAGGGGCCAAGGUGUCCUGCUUUACUGUGACCAUUCUUAAAUCAGGCCCCUCUCAAACUGCCCCACUUUCAGUCUAGACCCGCUUUCAUCCCAGCUGCUUAUUAAUAUCCACAUCUAGGUUAAUUAGCACAGAGACCGUGGUGUGUUCCAUCCAGAAAUAAGACCAGCACUCCAGUCACGUUGGGGGACGGAGGAGAGCAGCGUGGCUCAACCACUGGGUGGACUCAUUUUACUUCACCCAGGACAAAGGGUUGGCGGAAUUGUCACAUUUUAGACCAUCCUAUUGGUCCUAAAGUAAAUCUUUGUCCAGCCGGGGCACCAUACGAGCUGAAAUGAAGGCACCCAUCCUCUCUAACAUGGUUUGGAGAUGGAAGGCCUAAGCCAAUCAGAGUUAACCAUCAGGUGGAUUUGUUUUUCUUUGUUAGAGAGAGAGAUUAACUUUAAUGCAUCAACCUACAUUUUUUUCUCAGCUAACGUAUGAGGGUUCCCUUUGCUCUAUUUGUUUAGUUAUGUUUGGUUAUGGUCCAAAUUUUCCAUGGCAACCCUUCUGCUGUCAUCCCACUCCUAUCACAGGUGGCACAGUAUAUCACAGAAACACCUUUGACCAGUGACAUUUUGCUUUAAUCAAGGUAGCGGUCUGGUUGGUAUGUGUCAGCAGGUAACAGCUAUUUUGGACAGGUGAUUGGACACCAAGGUUUAUUCAUUUAUUACGUUUAUUUGAGAUGGACAAUGUACAACAAAACAUACGUUUCAGCGUAUGAGAAGUGAUGUGUUGCACCAGAUUUAACUGACAGCUAAUUUACAUCACCGGUUGUAGGCAUGGUGCAGGCAGGCAGUGUUCCACACAAACUGUUCAGGACUGGAGCUGGAACUCAGUGCCUCAUUCCCAGGACAGUCACCUAGCAACCAGCAGUUAACCACAUGAUAUGAACUUCCUCCUGGUGAUUACAGUCACACUAGUCACAACACUUAAGAGGGACAUACAUUUAUUGUAGACUACAGUAAGGUUAUACCCAGCUAGCACAUUUGGUUCCUUGGAAGUUGUGGGAAUGUACGUUUUUGUUUUCCCAUUGGUUCUGGUUACGAAGCCAUACGUUUUCUGACCUUUAAACGGAACGUUUUCUAAAUUUCGCCUGUUCUGGAAACGUUAAUUGUUAGGUUGCAGGGAGGUUCUGUGAACGUUUUGCUAUGGUUCCCUGAAAGUUUUCCUGGGAGGUUUUGUUAAGGUUCUGAGAGCUAAUUAAAUUACGUUUUUUGAAAAUGUUUCAAUAAGAAUUUUAUUAACACUGCUAGCUUAGGUUAACUGUUUUGAACUCCAAGCACAGAGAGGACACAUGGGAAUUCAUUUGUUUAGUCAUUAAUCAUGCAAACAGAUCAAAUGUUUUAUUGUUCUAUGACAUCAGUGAGAUUCAAACCUAUGGUCUUCUACUCUCUAUCCAGGGAAUUAGUCCACUGCGCUACCAGGAUGGAGCUAGUGUGCCAUGUUUUUUUCAACUCAUACAAAACUGUUCAUUUUAGUCUAUUCAAACGGACUCGAUUUCAAAGAAAACAAGCACCCAUUAAGAUCACACCUGAACACACUUAACGAGAUAGAGGAUAGAGAGCGUUUUGUUGAUGCUGAGAAUGGAAUGUAUAUGUUUUUAAAUAAAAAAUAUAUAAUUUUCUUUGAACAUUA